AUGGAUGCCUCCUCGUCGAACAAUUUGGUUCAAAGACGAGUAGACGAACACAACGCCAUAGUAUCAGCUCUUAAGCAUGUAAUCUCAGGUGGUAUUGAUCAUGGCAGUACUACCGGCCCAAUAGAGUACCAGAACCAACAGCAAAUCCUAGCGGCUGAUGAUGGUAAUGUGGGAGGGGGGAGCAGCAUAAUUUACGUUUCAGAUUCUGAGACGUGUCCGGUUUGCAAAUUGAGUACCUCCCAAUGCCUUGGUUGCGUCUAUUUCUCCAGUGGUACUACUGACCAAGAAGGAGGAGGAGGAAAUGAGGGCACCACAAAGAAGACAGGUAAAGGGAAAGGGAGGAAGAACAAGUAUCGGGGAGUCAGGCAGCGGCCGUGGGGAAAAUGGGCGGCGGAGAUAAGGGACCCAGGGCAGGGGUCUCGUUUGUGGCUGGGAACUUUUGAUAAUGCAGAGGAUGCUGCUAGAGCUUAUGAUAAGAAAAAUAUAGAAUUUCGUGGAAUUAGAGCCAUAACUAAUUUUCCACGAUCUGACUACCAAGUUCGAGAAAUGGAGCAAGAUAAGCCAAACAAGACGGGCAAAGCAAAGAAUGACGUAGGGGAAACUAGUCAGGUUGGUGAUAGUUAA